AUGUCUUUCCUUAUUGAUUUGUCCGUUGUCUUUUGCCGUCUGUCUUUCCUUAUUGAUUUGUCCGUUGUCUUUUGCCGUCUGUCUUUCCUUAUUGAUUUGGCCGUUGUUUUUUGCCGUCUGUCUUUCCGUAUUGAUUUGGCCGUUGUCUUUUGCUGUCUGUCUUUCCUUAUUGAUUUGUCCGUUGUCUUUUGUCGUCUGUCUUUCCUUAUUGAUUUGUCCGUUGUCUUUUGCCAUCUGUUUUUCCUUAUUGAUUUGUCCGUUGUCUUUUGCCGUCUGUCUUUCCUUAUUGAUUUGUCCGUUGUCUUUUGCCGUCUGUCUUUCCUUAUUGAUUUGUCCGUUGUAUUUUGCCAUCCGUCUUUCCUUAUUGAUUUGUCCGUUGUCUUUUGCCGUCCGUCUUUCCUUAUUGAUUUUUCCGUUGUCUUUUUCCGUCUGUCUUUCCUUAUUGAUUUGUCCGUUGUCUUUUGCCGUCUGUCUUUCCUUAUUGAUUUGUCCGUUGUCUUUUGUCGUCUGUCUUUCCUUAUUGAUUUGUCCGUUGUCUUUUGCCGUCUGUCUUUCCUUAUUGAUUUGUCCGUUGUCUUUAGCCGUCUGUCUUUCCUUAUUGAUUUGUCCGUUGUCUUUUGCCGUCUGUCUUUCCUUAUUGAUUUGUCCGUUGUCUUUUUCCGUCUGUCUUUCCUUAUUGAUUUGUCCGUUGUCUUUUGUCGUCGGUCUUUCCUUAUUGAUUUUCCGUUGUCUUUUUUUGUCCGCCGUCUGUCUUUACUUUAUUGCUUUGUCCGUUGUCUUUUGCCGUCUGUCUUUCCUUACUGGUUUGUCCGUUGUAUUUUGCCGUCUGUCUUUCCUUAUUGA